AUGUGCUUGAGCACCGACGACAUGUACACGACCGAUACGUUCGUGGUCGGCGUGGAUGGACACUUGCCUAGCGAUGUUCAAGCGCUCUAUCCCUCCAGUACCGGCACCUCCACGCCUGUCGGGGGUGACUCGUCCUCAAACAAGGUGCCCGUCAUUGUCGGUUCCGUCAUAGAUUGUCUGGCCGCGAUUGAUCUCAUUGCGGCGCUCAUCCUCUUCCGCCACCGACUGUUUCGCAAAAAGGCAGCAGAUAGCGCGCCCGGGUCGGGUGACGGUGACGGCGGCGGGCCGGGGCUGGCAGAACUCGAUACUGAGGAGAGCCAUAAGCUACCCAGGCAGGAGAUGGUAGACAGCAGCCCAGGCGACAUCGAGGAUCUGGAACGAGCGAUUGGCUCCUCUCGCAGGGCGGCGACGCUCACAGCCAGGACAGACCCCUCGCUGGGGAAAUGGCUCACCAAGGUCGCGUAUCAGCUCGAGCUCCUGUACGGGCACACUGGAAACAUUGCCUGUCUCCGAGAAGAAUAUUCCUCGGUCUAG